CAGCAGAGGAGAGGACUCUUCAUCACUUCAUCUUCACACAAAGUAGCUUGUGUGCUCAGAUUCCCGGACACGCACUAACUCUCACUGGGACUAGCUAGGUUAGUCAACAAAGAAAAGAAAGAAAACCAAAACAAUUUGAUGACAAAGCUGACUGAUAGGAGAUGUGUGCUGCUGUGUAUGUGCUGUCCACGGUAACGGGCUAUGUGCUCACCUCUGCCCUGCUGCUGAAAUGCCCGAGUCUUUUGCACCGGAGGAAGCGACAGACUUUCCUUGGCAGACACAUUUCCCAUCGUGGAGGAGCAGGUGAAAACCUGGAAAACACCAUGGCCGCUUUUAAGCACGCUGUGGCUCUUGGCACUGACAUGCUGGAGUUGGACUGCCACCUGACGAAAGACGAACAGGUAGUGGUUUCACAUGACGCCAACUUGCAGAGGUCCACCGGCAUCAACGCCUACAUUUCAGACACGGCAUACGCUGAGCUCCCUCCAUACCUCUGCAAGCUGGGCGUAACUUUUCAGAGGGAGUGUUUCUGCGAGGGGGGAGAAGACAAACGUAUCCCUCUCCUCAGGGACGUUUUUGAUGCAUUUCCUAAUACUCCUGUCAACAUUGACAUCAAGGUCAACAAUGACACGCUCAUCAAAAAGGUCUCUGAGCUGGUUGUUAAGUACGACAGAGAGCAUCUGACUGUCUGGGGCAACGCCAGAAACCAGGUUGUAAAGAAGUGUUACAAAGAGAAUCCUCGUAUUCCCGUGUUGUUCAGCCUUCCCAGAGUAUUGCAGCUGUUAGGCCUCUUCUACACCGGCCUCCUGCCCUUUGUUCCCCUCAAAGAGCAGUUCCUGGAGAUCCCCAUGCCCUCAAUUAUUACCAAACUUAAGGAUCCUAAUAAUUUAACUAGGAGUCAGCGAUUCAUCACCUGGCUGGCAGACACUUUGCUGAUGAGGAAAGCUCUGUUUGAUCAUCUAACUGCCAGGGGAAUACAGGUUUACAUUUGGGUGCUGAAUGACGAGGAGGACUUCCAGAGGGCAUUUGAUUUGGGAGCCACGGGAGUUAUGACAGAUUUUCCCACCAGGCUUAAAGACUUCAUGGACAGGAAUGGCAUUUCUAAGCCUCAGUGACCUGCCAAAAUCUACCUCAGCCGCCCCGCACUAGUGAUUAUCCUGACUGACCUGCCAAACUAUCCCCCCACACCCCACACGCACUCACUCUAAUGCAUUCCAGCAGGGCUACUCUCACGCUGUGUUUUACAGUCGGUAGGGAUCUCCGUCACGUUCUGCAUCCUGCGCUGGUUUCAGUUUUACUGUUACACACUAAUGUCUGUAGAGUAAACUUAAAGGACACAUAUAUACACAGAUCAGCCAUAACAGUAUGAGCAACUGGGCACUCUGGUGGUCAUAAUGUUCUGCAGCACCGUACCAACAAACUGUGAUGCACUGUGUGUUCUGACACCUUUCUAUCAGAACCAGCAUGAACUGUUUCAGCAGUUCGUCUGUUGGAUCGGACCACACGGGCCAGCCCUCACUCCCCACGUGCAUCAAUGAGCCUUGGCCGCCCAUGACCCUGUCUCCGUUUCACCUCUUUUCCUUCCUUGGAGCACUUUUGAUAGGUACUGAUCACUGCAGCCAGGGAACACCCCACAAGAGCUGCAGUUUUGGAGAUGGUCUGACCCAGUUGUCACAAUGUGGCCCUUGUCAAAGUCACUCAAAUCUUCACACUGCCCAUUUUUCCUGCUUUUAACACAUCAACUUUGAGGACAAAAUGUUCACUUGCUGCCUAAUAUAUCCCACCCACUGACAGAUGCCAUGAUAACCAGAUAAUCAGUGUUAUUCACUUCACCUGUCAGUGGUCAUAGUGUUAUGGCUGAUCGGUAUAAAGAUAUAUAUAUAUAUAUAUAUAUAUAUAUAUAUAAUCUCCUUGGAGUUGUGCUCUUUGCAAGGUUUUUGUUCCCUCGCUGCACACCACGUACACAAACAAUGGUGUUUCUGAUUUCUAUCAGUAUGGCAAAGCUAUUUAAAUUAACACAAUCUCAGAGUUAUAAUAUAGGACAACAUGGCCAUUGACAUAUAGUGUUUGCAAGUAUUAUCAGUCUUGAAUUUCAGAAUAGAUUCAUGGCUUUUGGCUUGAAAAUAUAUUAUAUGUAUACAAAAUUCACUGCCACUAGGUGUCGCACUAAAGAACUAGAAUCUCAGACCAAAACAAAUGGGCGUUACAGCCCACCAGAGUCCAUUGACAAAACUAGUGAUUUCACCUUGAAGAUAAUCUUAAAAAACACUUCAAAAGGGACAUAAACUAAAUAAAACUGACUAAAAUAUUUUUUGUUAGUUUUCCAAAAAUCACCAACGGUGGUUUGAUCAAAAGAAACCCUUAAUUCUCAGAGUUAGAUGUUAAAAUUUUCACCAAACAGUCUGCAGUGGACCCCUCAAACGUCCACUUAAAGUGCUUGUUUUUACCACCGACAGGCUCAGAUUGUAAUGAGUAUCUCUACAGAGAUCAGAGGCCAGUCAAAUCCUUUUUGUUUAAUCAGAAACACCUCCUGCUCGCUACCAGGCUUCAUUGACAAAAACAGUCAUUUUACCUUGCAGGUCAUCAUUCAAAGUAGACAGAAACGAGGUAAAACUCACCAAAACCAUCUUUGUUUUCUCUGGUUUGGUCAAAAUAAAUCCUUAAUUCACCAAGGUAGAUUAGAAAAAACCCAGCCAUUUCAGUUGCUCUACUUAAAGCCAACAGUUGCACACGGAGGGACGCGCGUACACUAACAAGUGCAGCUUCAAGACACCGUUCCUCCUCUGGAUCUUUACAUAGCAAAUAGGUGUUCACCACUAUUUUAAUGUCAUAAAACGUGUAGAUAUAAACCUUCGGGUUUUACUGAUCUAAAGACAUUUUUAAACCUUACACCUUCAAGUAAAUAAUAGUUUGCAGUAUUACUGAGUCAUGGUUAAAGUAUGGUGGUAGUAAAAACACCAGCAGACGCAGCCUUUCAGCUUUAAAACAUUUUGAGGUCCGAUUUACUUCUUUUUUUUUGUACAAUCUGACUGUUUCUCAGCAGAUGCAAUAAUACACUAAUGUAGUUGUGAGAUAUGUUUGUUUGUGUCUGAUGCAGCCAAAUAUUAGUCAUAAAUAACAAAGUGCACAACAACACAAAGUCCUCGGCUACAUUAAGAUUUAGUGUGAAAAGAAUUGUGGGUACUGAGGUAGGUAACCACAGCUCCAUACUUACAACUCAACGGCACAUUCAGUUCAACUGUGGACUGUUGACACUGUUCUUUUGAUAUGUUGCUUCUGAAAGACAAUGGUUUUGUGUUGUAUAGCUGUGUAACUGUAUGUUUAUUUGUAGUUGCGUAGUCCCUUGAUUUCCCUAUGAAUCGAUGACUAGAAUGACGUUGGCAUUAAUUUUUCAUUAAUGAAUCUGAGAGAGAAAUUUUGCACAAAAUAAGAAACUUGUUUUAAUAAUGAGUCCUACCUGUUUGUGUUGAUCAUGAACAGCAUUGAACGUCACAUUCAAGAAAUAUGAACGUGUUUUUGUAAAAUGUGGACUUUAAAGUGUUUUGGCAAUACAGAAGAAGCACUGAUAAAUGUGGAUUGAUCGCUUCCUUGCAGUGACUUGAAAUUGAAAUGUAUUAGAGGCAGCAGUUCCUCGCUGUGGUUGUCACAGUGUACCGAUCGUUAGGAUUAUCAUACCACUGACAUUCUCUAAUCCCAACUUGUGACCACGCAGCGAGGGUCAGCGAUGAAUGUAGUAUUGGUUGAAUGUACGUUGUUUGGUAUAUUACUGUCAAAAAAAAUGUGUUGCUGUUUUGUUUUUUGUUUUUUGAAUUAGUGCUGUCACUGAAUUGUUAGUAUGUGUGAAAUCUGCACAGGUGUUGAGAAAACCUGUGCAUCCAAAAUCAUUAUUCUUUGAUAGAGAGGCUCGUGACUACAUUUCUUUUUAAUGAAUCUACUAUAUGAGUAUUUUGAUUACCUGUGCUGUACUGCGCGUACAAUUGUUUUGCAUGCCUAAAUGAAUAUUUAAGCUGUUGUGCUUGAAUAUGUUUCACCGAACCAGUUUGUGGGUAAUGGCUGCUAAUGCUUAAUGCCUAUCAAAAUGCCUUAUCCCACGUGGAUACUCCAGGAAAUUACAUUUAAAUUGAUUUACUGAGAUUAUUUAAGAAGUAUUUUUUUUUUUUUUAUCAAUAUCAAUAAACACCUAAAAAAUA